AUGCAGAGCGAGAUGCAGGGCCAUGUCGCAGGGAGCCGGGCUCCUCUGGGCCUGCUUCUGGUCUGUCUUCAUCUCCCAGGCCUCUUUGCCCGGAGCAUCGGUGUGCCGGAGGAGAAAUUUCCCCAAGACUUGGGGAUCAACCUGCCUCUGCUUGAACGACCUUCCUUGACCAGCCCCUCCAACUUGGAACAUCCUCAGCCCAAACCAGACCCUGAGCCUAAUGAUUCGGCAAGGGCUCCUCUGGAGCCCAAUGCUUCUCCAUCACCUGGCUCUCAACCUGCAGGAGGUGCUGGGGUACAGAUGUGGCCCCCAUCUGGGGAGCUGCCCUACAUGGAUUCCUGGUCCUCGGAGGACCCUUGGCCGAUGAUGCCUGCUGUGUUCGAGGACUACGUGGGAGAAGAGCUGCCUGAAGAACCGUCCUACUUUUCUAGUGAGGCUGCCCUCCCUCCGGGCAGUGGGCCUUUUCUUGCAGAGCCCUUUGCAUACCCCGCGGACCCCUCACCCGAGGCUUCACUCCUCCCCCAGGACUCUGAGUCUAGAGGGCCACUCCACUCUACUGUGCUGGACGUCCCGAGAAAAAUCCUUGCCCGACCCCGUCCCGGGUCUCUCCUCAAUGGGAUUCCAUGGUCACUUCUGCCUGGUUUCCCCUGGGGGGCCCUGAGUCCCAGUGUACCCUGGGGAGGUGGAGGUCCUGGCACUGGAUGGAGACCCUUUUACCCUGUGGGAAACUGGGGUAACAUUAAUCCAUACCCAAGUACUAGCUGGGGGUAUCCAGGUGCCAGAUGGAAGACUAUUAAUUGGUAUCCAGGUACUAGCAGGAAGAAUAUUUAUCUACACCCAGGCAAUAAUCAAUUUCCUCCCGGAGUUCUCCGUGCUCCUGGCUCUUAUAGGAGCAUCCCAGACAGCUUUCCCAAUCCUCAAAACCCUGAGUCAUAA